CUCUCUCUCUCUGUUUGUAUGUUUUGAAAAGAUGGCCAACAGCCACCAGCAAUCGUUGCUGCGUUCAACACCAUCAUCUUCGAUCUCCUCCAAGCUCCUCCUCCUCCUCACGGUUCUUCCUCUCACUCUUGCAGCCUUGGCUUUCGUCCUCCAAUGGCGUGGAGGCAUCACCGACCCCACCACUCGCUGGGCCCCACCUGGGUCCCAACACUUGUUCCCUGGGAUGGACCCUUCUCCUCUCUCUCCCACCGCUCACCAGCACCAGUCCUCCUCCUCCUCUGACUGUGCCAGUCUUCGCCAAGGCUUGACUCCUUCGUUUCCUUACUACCAUGGAUGGAAGUUCGAUGACUUGUCCAAUCUCAAGCCUAAGAUAUGUAUUACGACAAGUACUUCAGCUGGUUUAGAGCAGAUCUUGCCAUGGAUGUUUUUUCAUAAGGUUAUUGGAGUCUCAACCUUUUUUCUUUUUGUGGAGGGAAAGGCUGCAUCUCCGGCUGUGUCUAAAGUUCUGGAAUCUAUCCCAGGAGUAAAAGUGAUAUAUAGAACAAGAGAGCUGGAGGAGCAACAGGCUAAGAGCCGGAUUUGGAAUGAGACAUGGCUUUCAAGUUUCUUUUACAAGCCUUGCAAUUAUGAGCUGUUUGUGAAGCAAUCUCUCAAUAUGGAGAUGGCUAUUGUAAUGGCCCGGGAUGCUGGCAUGGACUGGAUAAUUCAUCUUGACACUGAUGAGUUAUUACACCCAGCUGAUGCUCGGGAGUAUUCACUGAGGCAGCUGCUGCUUGAUGUGCCUGGGAAUGUGGAUAUGGUUAUAUUUCCUAACUAUGAGAGCAGUGUUGAACGAGAGGAUAUCAAAGACCCUUUUAGUGAGAUAUCGAUGUUCAAGAGAAAUUAUGACCAUCUUCCAAAGGACACAUAUUUUGGCAUGUACAAGGAUGCAACUCGUGGUAAUCCAAACUACUUUUUGACUUAUGGAAAUGGGAAAUCAGCUGCUCGGAUUCAAGAUCACCUUCGUCCUAAUGGUGCACACAGAUGGCAUAAUUAUAUGAAAACCCCAAAUGAGAUAAAAUUGGAGGAGGCUGCUGUUCUACACUACACGUAUGCCAAAUUUUCGGACUUGACCUCUAGGCGUGAUCGGUGUGGCUGCAAGCCUACAAAGGAGGAUGUCAAAAGAUGCUUUAUGUUGGAAUUUGAUAGAGCUGCAUUCAUAAUUGCUUCUACUGCAACAGAGGAGGAGAUGCUGAACUGGUACCGGGAACACAUUGUGUGGGGUGACAAAGAUGUAAAAAUGAAACUACUGAGGAAGGGCGUUUUAACUCGCAUAUAUGCUCCAAUGGUCAUAAUACAAGGUUUAAGGGAGUCUGGUGUCUUCAGCUCUGUUAUUGCAUCUGCCCCAACAACUAUUUCAAAGGAUAAAUUUUUAUCGUCCAUUGUUAGUAGUAACUCAUCCAGAGCUGCUGCCUCUGAAUCCCUUCCCUCAAGAAGGAUUGGUAGAAGUAGAGAGCAUCAGGCCACUGCUAGGAGGGUCUUGGAAAUUGAAUCUGCUGCAUUUUAUGAAGUGGCUGUUCCACCGUUGUCACCCCCAGGAAUGAAUGAUGACCGCCUUAUCAUUGAAGUGUGAUACACCUCCUAGUGUGAUUGCCUCUUCUUCUUCCUGUUCAGAUGCUUUGUAAUCUUGUUUAUUCACUUAUGUAAGGGAAGAAUUAAUCAGGAGGGAAAAAGAAUGAGCAAGCGGGCUUGUUACUGAGGUUCAUAUGUUUUUGGUUCUGUCGGUUCUUCCCGAUCGCCAUCCAAGCACUCUAGUAGUCUAGUAUUCAAGUUCGAGUGAGAUUUUGUGGUCAAGCCUUCAGUUGGCAACUUGGUUACAACUGGAAAUCUUUGACUUGUCUAUAGAAAUUAUUGUUGAAAUGUCAAUGUAUAUUUUUUAUAAGCUAGCCCUUUCACUCAGGGAAACUAUUGUGUUUGAUAUCUUGAACUCUAUCUAAUUGAUUGAUUUCUCAUUGAUUCCA